AUGCGCAGCGCCCGGGCGCUGCUGCUCGCCCUCGCUUUGCGGGUUUGCGCGUUGGACACCGAGACGCCCUCCGCGGGCUGCACCUUCGAGGAGGACGACGAUCUGAACCAGUGUGAGUACAGCCAGGGUGAGGAUGAUGACUUCGGGUGGGAGUUGGUCCGCAGCUACAUGAUGCCACACCUGACGGCCGACCUGCCCCACGGCUCCUAUCUGAUGGUGAACGCCUCGCAGCACGCCGCCGGUCAGCGGGCCCACCUGCUCUUCCAGGCGCUGAGCGAGAACGACACGCACUGCCUGCAGUUCAGCUACUUCAUGUACAGCCGCGAUGGCCACAGCCCUGGCACCCUCAGUGCCUACGUGCGGGUGAUGGGGGGCCCGGUGGGCAGCGCGGUCUGGAAUGCCUCAGGCUCCCACGGCCGCCAGUGGCACCAGGCUGAGCUGGCUGUCAGCUUGUUCUGGCCCAGUGAGUACCAGGUCCUCUUCGAGGCGGUGAUCUCCAGCGAGCGCCGGGGCUACCUGGGCUUGGAUGACAUCCUGCUCUUGAAUUAUCCGUGCUCAAAAGCCCCUCACUUCUCCCGCCUGGGUGACGUGGAGGUGAACGCGGGGCAAAAUGCCACCUUCCAGUGUGUGGCUGCUGGCAAGGCUGCCGAGGCAGAGCGCUUCCUCAUGCAGAGGCAGAGUGGCGAAGUGGUCCCCGCUGCCUCCGUGAAGCACAUCAGUCACCGGCGCUUCCUGGCCACCUUCCAGCUGGACGAGGUGUCCAAGGGCGAGCAGGACCUGUAUCGCUGUGUCACCCAGUCCAGCCGUGGCUCUGGGGUCUCCAAUUUUGCUGAGCUCAUUGUGAAAGAGCCUCCAACACCCAUCGCACCCCCCCAGCUGCUGCGGGCUGGCUCCACUUACCUCAUCAUCCAGCUCAACACCAACUCCAUCAUCGGCGACGGCCCCAUCGUGCGCAAGGAGAUAGAAUACCGCAUGACCUCGGGGCCGUGGUCAGAGGUGCACGCUGUCAACAUGCAGACCUACAAACUCUGGCACCUGGAUCCUGACACAGAGUAUGAGAUCAGUGUCCUGCUGACACGUCCUGGUGAAGGGGGCACAGGCAAACCGGGACCCCCCCUCAUCAGCCGCACCAAGUGUGCAGAGCCCAUGCGGGCCCCCAAAGGCCUGGCUUUCUCCGAGAUCCAAUCCAGGCAGCUGACAUUGCAAUGGGAGCCUCUGGGCUACAACCUGACCCGCUGCCACACGUACAGCGUCUCGCUGUGCUAUCGCUACCUGGUGGGCAGUGGCCUCAACCAGACCUUCCGUGAGUGUGCCAAGAUGGAGCGCAACGCCAACCGCUACACCAUCAAAAACCUGCUGCCCUACAGGAACAUCCACGUCAAGCUCAUCCUCUCCAACCCCGAGGGCCGUAAGGAGGGCAAGGAGGUGACGUUCCAGACGGAUGAGGACGUGCCUGGUGGCAUCGCCUCUGAGUCACUCACAUUCACCCCUCUGGAGGAUAUGAUCUUUCUGAAGUGGGAGGAACCGGUGGAGCCCAAUGGCCUCAUCACGCAGUACGAGAUCAGCUACCAAAGCAUUGAAUCCUCUGACCCAGCAGUCAACGUGCCCGGCCCGCGACGCACCGUCUCCAAGCUGCGCAAUGAGACUUACCAUGUCUUCUCCAACCUGCACCCUGGCACCACCUACCUCUUCUCAGUUCGUGCCCGCACAGGCAAGGGCUUUGGCCAGACAGCACUCACUGAGAUCACCACCAACAUAUCUGCUCCUACCUUCGACUAUGGGGAUAUGCCAUCACCACUGGGCGAGUCAGAGAGCACGAUCACGGUGCUGCUGCGGCCAGCACAGGGCCGGGGGGCUCCCAUCAGUACCUACCAGGUCAUCGUGGAGGAAGAUCGGCCCAAGAGGAUCAAGCGGGAGCUGGGUGGGCAGGAGUGCUUCCCGGUGCCACUGACGUUUGAUGAUGCCAUGUCUCGUGGCUCUGUGCACUAUUUUGGGGCUGAGCUGCCUGCUAGCAGCCUCACUGAAGCCAAGCCGUUCACUGUAGGGGACAACCAGACCUACAGUGGCUACUGGAACCCGCCACUGGAGCCCAAGAAGGCCUAUCUCAUCUAUUUCCAGGCCAUGAGCAACCUCAGAGGGGAAACCCGGCUCAACUGCAUCCGCAUUGCCCGCAAAGCUGCCUGCAAAGAGAGCAAACGGCCUCUGGAGGUGUCUCAGCACUCAGAGGAGAUGGGGCUGAUCCUGGGAAUCUGUGCUGGUGGGCUCGUCGUCCUCAUUAUCCUGCUGGGAGCCAUCAUCGUUGUCAUUCGGAAAGGCAAACCUGUCAACAUGACCAAAGCAACAAUUAAUUACCGCCAUGAGAAGACACACAUGAUGAGUGCCAUCGACAGGAGCUUCACGGACCAGAGCACACUGCAAGAGGAUGAGAGGCUGGGGCUGUCCUUCAUGGACACCCACAACUACAGCAACCGUGGUGACCAGCGCAGCAGUGUGGUCAAUGAGUCCAGCAGCCUGCUGGGGGGCUCUCCUCGCCGCCAGUGUGGCCGCAAAGGGUCCCCAUAUCACACAGGGCAGCUGCACCCUGCUGUGCGCGUGGCCGACCUCCUCCAACACAUCAACCAGAUGAAGACAGCAGAAGGCUAUGGCUUCAAGCAGGAGUACGAGAGCUUCUUUGAAGGCUGGGAUGCUUCAAAGAAGAAAGACAAGACCAAAGGGAGGCAGGAUCAUGUGUCGACAUAUGACCGCCACCGUGUGAAGCUCCAUCCUCUGCUGGGUGAUCCCAACUCGGAUUACAUCAACGCCAACUACAUUGAUGGUUACCACAGGUCCAACCACUUCAUCGCCACCCAAGGUCCCAAGCAGGAGAUGGUGUACGACUUCUGGCGCAUGGUGUGGCAGGAGCACUGUUCCAGCAUCGUGAUGAUAACCAAGCUGGUGGAAGUGGGCCGGGUGAAAUGCUCCAAAUAUUGGCCGGAUGACUCGGAGAUGUAUGGGGACAUCAAGAUCACCUUGGUGAAGUCAGAGAUGCUGGCAGAGUACGCCGUGCGGACCUUUGCUCUCGAGAGGCGAGGUUACUCAGCCCGGCACGAGGUGAAGCAGUUCCACUUCACAUCCUGGCCUGAGCACGGUGUCCCCUAUCACGCCACGGGGCUGCUGGCCUUCAUCCGCCGUGUGAAGGCAUCCACACCACCCGAUGCCGGCCCCAUCGUCAUCCACUGCAGUGCUGGCACGGGGAGAACUGGCUGCUACAUCGUUCUGGAUGUCAUGUUGGACAUGGCCGAGUGUGAGGGUGUUGUGGACAUCUACAACUGUGUGAAGACACUGUGCUCACGGAGGAUCAACAUGAUACAGACAGAGGAGCAGUACGUCUUCAUCCACGAUGCCAUCCUGGAAGCCUGCCUGUGUGGUGAAACCAGCAUCCCUGCCAGCGAGUUCAAGCCCACCUACAAGGAGAUGGUGAGGAUUGAGCCGCAGAGCAAUUCCUCACAGCUGCGGGAGGAGUUCCAGACCUUGAACUCGGUGACUCCCCACUUGGAUGUGGAAGAGUGCAGCAUCGCCCUCCUGCCCCGCAACAGGGAGAGGAACCGCAGCAUGGACGUCCUGCCGCCGGACCGAUGCCUUCCCUUCCUCAUCUCUGUGGAUGGGGACAGCAACAACUACAUCAACGCGGCCUUAACUGAUAGCUACACCAAGAGUGCUGCCUUCAUUGUCACCCUGCACCCACUGCAGAACACCACCACUGACUUCUGGAGGUUGGUGUAUGACUAUGGCUGCACUUCCAUCGUUAUGCUCAACCAGCUGAACCAGUCCAACUCUGCCUGGCCCUGCCUUCAGUACUGGCCUGAGCCUGGGCUCCAGCACUAUGGCCCCAUGGAGGUGGAGUACGUGUCAGGAGCAGCAGAUGAGGACAUCGUGUCCCGUCUCUUCCGAGUGCAGAACAUCACCCGGCUGCAGGAGGGGCACCUGAUGGUCCGGCACUUCCAGUACCUGCGGUGGUCGGCGUACCGAGACACCCCAGACUCCAAGAAGUCCUUCCUGCACCUCCUGGCCCAAGUGGAGAGGUGGCAGAAGGAGAGUGGUGAUGGCAGGACUGUGGUGCACUGCCUGAAUGGGGGUGGUCGGAGUGGCACCUACUGUGCCUCCACCAUGAUCCUGGAGAUGAUCAAGUGUCACAACAUGGCAGAUAUCUUCUAUGCUGCCAAGACCCUCCGCAACUACAAGCCAAAUAUGGUGGAGACCUUGGAGCAGUAUCACUUCUGCUACGACAUAGCACUGGAAUACUUGGAGUCCCUGGAGACCAGAUAGCACCUCGCCAGGAGGGCAAAGGCAGAGGUUUGCUUAGGGUUUGUGCCAAACUCACAUUUCUGCACUUGUGUCAGUGCUGAAGGAGAGGAGGGGGAAACAGCAAAGGACCACAAAAGGACACAAAUCAGGAGCAACAAAAGGACCUGGGGAGGUGCUGCCUGUUCUCCAUCCCCUGCUCUCCGCCUUCCCUCCCACUGCUCCAAGUGCAUGGCCAAUGGGUCGAUGCUGCAUCUCACCUCGUCCCAUCCCUGCUGUGAUGUGGAGUUGGUGAGCACAGGAAGUGGCCCUUCAGCACUGCCUGGGCCUGCUCAGACACAUCUGGAACAGCUGGAGAAGACCCCAAGGAAAGGAGAGGACGGAAGGAUGCAAGCCUGUUUUGGCUGGAGAAAUACUUGGGAAAGAAGAUCUUUUAAAAAUCGUAUUUGGAGAUGAAGCUGCUCUUCAAGGAGCCCCAGUGGUUCCAGUGUGUUUUGCCCUGCGUGGGGACUCUCUUUGCACUGGAGCAAAGCCCCUGAAGGAAGCUCAUGGAUUUGUCUACUUAACACAAGCUUGGUUUCCACUGUUGUGUUUCUGUGAAUUGUGUCCUUCAUGCAUUCAGCCCUGGGCAGAGGGGGACCCUGGGAUGGGAGGCAGGGGAUGUGUGAUGUCCCUGAUGGGGACCAGCCCAGAGCUCUCUCUAUGUCCUUUCCAAGCUGCAGCAGUGAUGUUUCCCCUAUGGCAUGUCUGUCUCCAUGCAGUUUUCUCCAUCCAUAGUAAUUAUUCCUUCCUGGGGGGCUCUAAGAGCUGGUCACAUAUUCCUGAUGCCCACCCAGAAGCCUGGACCCUAAAGGCAAAAUCACAGGGCUGAUGUUUGAAGGCAUCUAAUGCCUUCUGCUUUCAUCCUGUUGCAGGCAGACAUCAGGUGCAGUGUUUGCUGUUUUAUCUGGAAAAGCCAGGUUGUCAUCAGGCAAUGGGAGCAAGCUGUGGUGAGGGCUUUCUCUCUCCAAACAGCUCCAUAAAUGCACAGUGAAGGGAUGCAGGUUUGUCUUCAGGAGUUGGGGAUGCUGCUUAUCUCGGAGGCUGAGUGCAACCCUUUGUCAGUCAUUUUUUGGUGAAGUAGAGGAAAACAGAUGAGAACCAGCAUCCUCAUGCUGGAAAUUGCACGUGGGAUCCACAUCUUUCAUUGCCAUCUGCCCCGGGCAGCAGAACCUUUCCACCCUUGCUGCCUUCAUACCUGCAUCAUGAUCCAAAGCCCAGCAGAUGCUGUUUGGUUGCACCAGUCUGCAGCAUGAAGAUUUCGGAGCCAAAGUGGCUUCUCCAAGGAUGAGCAAACCCCUGAGAAACUUCCAGCUGCUCUCCAAGGGUGGAAGGUGAAAGGCCACAAGAUAAAUCUCUCCCUUUGGAGAGAAUUUGCCUGAAUACUUGGCUCACCCACGUCCUUGCUGAGUAACUUGCACAGCUUAACAACACUUUAUCCAAGGGCUAUGCAACACAUCCCCCUUUGUUUCCAUCCUUGCUGUGUGCCACUGUUGCCUUGUGACCACGCAGUCUCAUUGCUCCAGUUGGGGGUUGGUAACACAAGUGCUUUGGGUGAUGCUGGUGCUUUCAUUGCAGCUGCUGUGUGGGGUUGGUCAGCAUCCCCUUCUCUCCAGCACCAUGUCCAUGCUGCCCAGGGAAUGCAGGUGCUGUAUGGGAUUGCUGCUUGCAGAUGAAGUUUGGCCAGAAAAAAAACAAAAAGUAGUGGAAAGGAAAAAAAAGUUCAAAACCCCAUUUAGUCCUGGGGAGAGAGAGCAGAGAAUGGAGGAAUUGCUGAUGUGUUUCAGACCUUAGGGUUUGUUUGUUUGUUUUCUUUUUAAUAUUUCCUUGCUGGAUGUCUCUGGGUUUUUAGGACAGACUUUGGAAUCAAAAUGCUGUAGAAAUGAACGCAUCUCCAGCCCCUACUGAGAUGCUUACGUGACAAGAGGCGAGGGCAGCCUGUAUAUAGGAAUAUAUAUAAAGAAAUAUAUAUAUAUAUAUAUAAAUAUAAAUACUGCUCUUAAGAUGGAUAAUGUUUAUUGGUAUUACAGGUUCGAGUGGUGCUUUUAUUUUUUCCCUUUAUAGUGUCUCCAUGGAGGGGACAUGAAGGACCCAGGGGGGGCACAGGAGGGACAUGUUUGAUGUGGGUUGUACCACACACAUCCAGCUGUUGCUGACUGUUUCUUUGGUUUGGAUUAUUAUUAUUAUUAUUUUUUAAUUAUUAUUAUUUUUGGCUUUCUUUCCUUUUAAGAAAAUCAGUUGCAUAAAUAAAUGUUCCAAAUUUG